AUGUUUAUUCAUUUCCAAAUAUUCAUAAUUAUUACAUUUAUUGGACGAUUUAUUGCCAAACCUGUCGAUGAAAGCUUGUCAGUAUCAAAAAAUGAAAAUCAGCCAUUAUGCUUAAUUUGCCAAGAGAAGCAACAAAAAUUUGAAAACGGUGCUGACGAUGAUGGAAUAAAAAUUGCUACAUUACUUGAAUAUGACCGAACAAUGGGAAUUGAUAAUCUUGAUGAAAUUGAAAAUGAAGUUUUAUUGAUCAAUUCAACAGCAUGGUUGCAAAAUCCAAGCGAUCCAAACGAUUGGAAGGAUGCAGUAGCAAAU